GAAUACAAAUAAAAAUUAUUCUGCGCCGUACGCCAUAAAAGUCCGAUUAAGAUCCGUUGAUAAGACGGUGUUUGUGUUCGAUAUGACGGAUAACAAGUUUUCGCCCGAUACGAUUCUCUCGAUUGAGAAAUCUUUUGAGAACUCGUCUUUCCUGGAAUCAUUCAAAAAUGAACCUGCACAGAGCUUAAUAGCCCAAUUUGUCCGAUAUAUCACGGCAGAAUCGUCUGAAAAACAGGCGGAACUAGAUUUCGAUGCCAAGACUUGGCUUGAAUCUCACGAUGCUGUUGAGACAAUUCGCCUCGGUCUGGCUUCUCUAGAUGCUUUCUUGCAAGCAAACGUUACGGGUCCUGUUCUCCAAGAUUUUAGCCAAGUCGAAGCUAUUUUCAUUUCGGCUUUUAAUAAGGAAAAGCUGACAGACGCAGAGUCUUCCGUAACGUCUCUUAGGAGGUUAUGUCUCAGUUGGCUUGACGUGGACGGCGUUGCUCCUUAUCCUUAUAUACCUCAUAUAGAGCUCUUCUGCUUGUCGCGAUUCAUCUUCACAACAGGCCUUGUCUUACCAACCGAGCUGCCCGAAGUUUGGUCGGAUUCUCAGGACUCUAUCUCGCUGCAUCUCUCCUGGACCCGACUGAGGAUUCAUCUUUGGCAUUACAAACUCAUCACACAGCCCUCUUUAGGCCCGGGGUCUUUAUUCACCAAGAGCGGCCGCUGGACAGAUGUGCCUACCCUCCAGGAGACUAUCGAGAAGAGUCUUCUAGAAGCUGGUACCUCGGUGACGGGAUCGAUAGAAGCAGACCAGGUCUCGGAGGAAUCCCGAUGGCCUCGAGAGUCCCGCAUCCAAUAUCUUUUGGAAGAAGCAGCUUGUCAUAUCCUACUUGGCAACGAUACAAAAGCUCGCCAAUCCUUGAGCUUAGCCACCAAGAUCAGCGACUUUUCAUAUGCCCUUUCCGGUGCUCCUGGAAAGCGUACAAGGUUUCAAGAGAAGAACGUCAGCCAGCUCGUAGUGCUCGCUAAAAGCCACGCUCUACUUGAAGAGACGUCUGAAAACGACACCUCUAACGCCACUCCCCUUGCUCUCCCCUUAAACGACGAUACCCUGCUAGAGAAUAUCAAGUUUGAAAACCAUGACACCGGCAGCCAAGUCUCGCAUCUCCCAGCAGAGUUGCAGGAUAUUAAACCAGACGAUCAACCACAGCUACUUCCGGAGGAUCACAUUAUCCUUCUAACAGAAGCAACAAUAAGGGAUACAUUUUCUCCCGCUGAUUCGCUGACCUCGGAAGAGAUUUUACCAUUCGCUCUCCGCGUCAUCGACGAUAAGUCGACCAACUGGCAGAUAUACACUCAGGCUUUACUCGUAAGGUCACGAAUUGAGUUGAGCAGGAGUCGAACAGUUGAACGUGCCGUCUUACAGAUGCAGGCACUUGUAGACCAAGUUAUUGUAGACACGCAGGAGGCCAACGGUUCAGAUGAGGCACGACGGAAAGAUGCGAAUGGGUCAGGAGCUCAGCUCGAUGUUCCUACCAUUCAAGUAACCACCGAGCACGGCCAGGACCGUCCUAGCGACCCUCAGAAGCCAACAUCAUUUCUUCCCGCUCCUAAACCUACCGAGUCGGCAUCGCCGCAGGAGAGGCUACGAUAUGUUAACGCGUUAUCCUCUCCACCGCGUUGGCACCUCGAAUCCGAGCUCGCCUACGCUUGGACGACAGUUGGGUCACUCGUGUCCGCUUUGGAGAUCUUCAAACGUCUACGGCUGUGGGCAGAAGUUGCUCUCUGCCUGGCAAGCAGUGCGGCGGCUGAUGAUCAAGAGGGUCGGGGCAGCGGGGGUGAAGAAAAAGCCCGGGCGAUCAUACGAUGGAGGUUGUUUAAUCGCACUUCCGAUACCGAUGACGCCGAAAAGCUUCAAGAUGAUCGCGAUCUGGACGACGCCAAUUUCGACAUCUCAUCCCUGAAAGCGUCCGAUUUCUGCGGAUCAGAACGCUCUCCGCCACCCCCAAAUGCCCCUCGCCUAUUUUGUAUACUAGGAGAUAUCGAGGACGAUCCUAAACACUACCAACGCGCGUGGGAAAUCUCCAAUCGACGCUUUGCAAGAGCACAGAGGUCACUUGGCGAACACCAUCUCAGGAAGCAGGAAUGGGAAAAGGCACGAGAAGCGUACAAACUCGCCGUUGGGGUUAAUCGGCUGAGCCCGGAGAUGUGGAGCAGACUCGGUGAUAUCGAGUUACGUCUUGGAAACUUUGCCGACGCGGCUGAGGCAUUUCAGAGAGCCAUCUCGAGCGCAAAUAAUACGUCUGGUGGCGAAGAUGCAAGGACUUGGAGCAACCUUGGAACCGCGCUCCUGAGCUGGUACCGCCAGAUAGUCUCGGAGAUGCGAGAUCAAAAGCAAAAGCUAGAAAAUGACGAUCCCGACUCUGUGGAUGGGAUGGCUAAUACGAAGCGCGCUGCCGAGAUUGGGAAGACGGCGCAAAAUCUAUUACACGACUCCUUGGUGGCUUUCAAGCGAGGAGCCACGCUUGCGGACUCGAACUGGCGAAUUUGGGAUAACGUAAUUACGCUGGCGGCGAGCAUAAAACCGAACCCGGAUUUGGAGGAUGUUGUCCUCGGAGUUAGAAAUGUAAUCCGAAUCCGCAAGACCGAGGAGGCGCUGGAUCUUGAUGUUCUGAGCCUCCUAGUGAGGGAGGCGACCAAGACACCGAUUCCCGCUAAUGCCAAAAAAGGGGAAGUCUACGAACCUGCAAGGGGUACCAUCGAAAGCAAGAUUGUCUCGCUCUUCGAGAAUGAUAUUGUGGCCCUUAUUACGACAAAUUCGGCUUCCUGGUCUCUGGUAUCACGCCUUCGCGCCUGGAGGAGAGACUGGGCUGGGGCGCUGGACGCAGCAGAGAAAGCGUGGAGGACGGCCGUCGGCGGGGUUGGUAGUUCUUUAUCGGCGUCCAGUGGCGUACAAAACGAACAGGGAAGCUGGCUCAUAGAUGCGGAUGCGUGGGAUGCUGUAGUUCAGAGGACAUCUGAGCUAGUAGCGGCGUACGAGAAUUACGGAUCGCGCAUAGAUUCUAUUGGCGACAAGUGGAAGGGCAAAUCAAGGAGCGCGGUUAGGAGCAUCAUGGGGAAAGCCAAAGAGUCCUGGGAAGGUGAUUCGAGAUGGCAAGCAUUAGUCGAUAUUAUGGAGGACUUGAAGCUAUAAGGAGACACGCUAUCCGUCCAAAUUGUAGUAUACCUAACAUACCCCUUUAUCCUUACCAAUCUAGGGAGGCUAAAUAGUUUUUGAUACAUAACGACGGAUGGAAUCUUAUAGGUUUGCCAGGAACUUAAAGAAAAUACCUCUAUAUUAGGGUUGCUUUGCUAAGGUGAAAACAUAGCAUAAUAAGUUCAAAAUACCUAAGACCACCACCAGUAUUCCUUAGAACGCCUUCCAUCAUCUAAACCCUUGACAUGCAUUUCUUAUCUCCCCGUUUACCAUAACGAAUUAUUCCCGUUCAUCUUAUCUAAACUCCCAAGAGCCACCAGAUCUUGAAUAUGCCCGUCUGUAAAAAUAAAAAUAAAAAGACACCCGACGAGAUGCAUUUCUGUCUCGAAAAAAAAAGUAUUGGUCUAGUAAAGCAAGUAGAGCGAAGGUAGAGAACAGAAUAGAGA